UGUCCCGGUUCCAACGUGGUGCCAAGAGUAUUUGUGGCUCCGCUUUUGCUGCGCGCAUCCGCGCUGAAGGUCGCGAUGUCGGAAGGGGGGCGGUGGCUUUGCAAUGAGCAGUGCUUUGCUGGCGUGUUGGCGACGACCUUGACGGCUUCGGCGCAGCUGCUGGCGAAAGUCCGGGAGACGGUGAAGAAGCACUCGAUCCCCGAAGACCAGGCAGCGCGCGCCUGGCCUGCCAAGGACCUCGAUCUCCGGGGGGAAGCGCGAUGCUCGGGGCCUCGCUGCGAGGGGCGGUGUGCCCUGAGGCUGUGCAGCGACGUGCUGCUGAUCAAACCGGGAGAGGACGGCCAGGAGAAGCUGCAGCUGCUAGGGGCGGAAGUAGAGUGUCAGGGUGCGGUGGUGACCCUAAGCAGGCCGUCGGGCACCAUGAUCACCAUGGUCUUCGACAGCGAGAAGCUCGCAGGGCAGUGGGCCACCAAGCUGGCGGUGGCCUGUGGGCACUCGGACUCCAUCGCGAAGCUCUUCAGCACCCAGCGCCGCCGCAUCGCCACGCUGGAGCAGCGCACCAAAGAGGCCCAGAUGAGUAACGAGGAGGUCGAGCGGUGCCUGAACUUUUUGUCCCGUGAGUACGUGGAGAUGCGGUAUCAGGUGCGGAAGGGCCCGACCGCGGCCCAGUCCGCGCAGUCCAAUCAGCCCGAAAAUGCUGCGCCGGUGUCCAGCGUCAAGGAGGAGGAUGAGGAGCCGAUGCUGGUGGAGGACGUGGAGGCCGUUUUGCCGGAGCCCGAGAAGGAGCCGCUGCUCUCCGCGCGGGAAAGCGCCAAGGAGGACCGGAGGAGCCCUUCCUCCGUGAGUGGGCGGCCAAAAGUGGUGUCCCCGCGGGUGGACCUCCAGGAUCGCACCCCGGUGCUCGAGGGCCUGGACCGGCGCGGGCACAAGCUCGCCAUGGCCGGCCAGCGCCGAGCGCCCGGCGCCGGAGGCGCUGACAAGAGCGCCGCCCGGCGGCGCGCGGAGCGCCCGGAGCGGGGUUAGCGGCAGAGAUCCUUCGGUGCGGCACCUCAUGACUGAAGAGGUUCUCUUUCCAACGGGCGCCCACAAAGUGGUGUGAUUUUGGUGUCCGUCUGCGGUUUGUGAUCCUCAGCCAUGGAGCCCGGGCGCUUCCUUGUUCUUGGCA